UUUUUUUUUUUUAUUGUUUUGGAUCACACUAGCUUAUAGAUAACAGUAAGGCUAACAUAUUGAGACCAAAAGCCACAAAACCAUGCACAAAACUACCAGUUUGAUUUCAUGGGGACUUUAAGAAAACGGAUGAUGGCGUUUUCUUAACCGCUGGAUGUCGCUGUUGGUGCAGAUACGCGUGUGAAUUUCAGCCGAAGAAACUUUAAAAAUGGCGGAGACCUGUACAUGGAAAUCACGUGAAGAAACUGGAAAGGAUGCGUAUAUUGUUAAAUUUUCUAAUGGCCUCGUGAGAAAAGCAAAACAUCUGGACUUCAAGCUCUUCAAACAUAAAGAUAGAGUCAAUCCCAGAAAGAAAAACAGACGGAUUGUGGUUGCAGAAUCAGACAGACUCCCCUAUGUUGGGAGUAACUUUGGGCCUGGGUCGUCGCAAUCUAAUAAUCUGUGCAGGUAUUUUGUGGGAGUUCUGGACAAGAGCACUAUGCAAAUGAAGGUUCACAAUGCUCAGCUGUUCAAUAUGUUGCCUCUUAUACCAGGUGAAUCCACAGGAGAUGACAACACAAAGCAUCCUGAGACAUACAGACAGAAGGUGGAUGCUCUCAUUGAAGCAUUCGGGACGACUAAACAGAAGCGUGCUCUGAGCUCCAGGAGACUGAACGAGGUGGGCAACGAAAUGCUUCAGCAGGCUGUGGCACUGGCUGCCAGCAACGUCAUAGAUCGGAAAGGGAUGGACGCUCUGCGUAAUGAAGUGAAUGAAAGUGAGGCAAAGACAGAGACCCCACUCUUCCUCCCCCUGUGCAACACUGCAGCAGAAAAACCAGAAGAUGUAUACCCCUUCGACCAAUUGUUGUCUCCAAUUGAGUUUGAUGCGCUGAAGGAAGUUGGAAUGAAGAUGGCAGCGCUGACCCCUGAAGACCUGCAGAAGAUGAGAGAUGAGCUUGGUCCUCAGACUGUUCUUGCACAUCUUGAAUCACUUCCCACUGAGGACGCAGCUCGUGACAGACAGUCACGUUGUGCCUGGUACCUGUCCUUCCUCAUCAAAGUCUCACAACAGAAACGUAGUGUAUCCUUCAAAUUUGGUACUGAGAAUGGAUGUCCCAAAAUCCUCAUCAACAAAGUGAUGAAGAAUUUCACAGUGGAGAGUUUCCACGACGGCCGACUCAGGAACACAGUGUCGACGUCCAUGCGUUUGAAACUGGUUUCUCACUGUUUGGCUUUACUGUUGCACAUGGGUGAUCAGACGGCUAACCUCACUCUCUUACACAGAGACAUGGACAUCAGCGAUAACAAAAUGUUGGAGUUGGCCAAGGCCAUGGGACUGACCCUGUCCCGUCAGGCUGUCUCCAAUAGAGAAGGGAUGCAGGAUGAGCACAGGAUGGCCUCUCUGGUGCUUCCUCUGGUGCGUUAUGAUCGACGGGUGGAACGCAAGAAACGCAAGAGGAUGAACUGAGCCAUGGACAUGAGUGUGUUUCUAAGCUGUGUAGGAACUGGCUAUAACUGCAUUUCAUUUAGAAGUUUCACAAAUGUGCUCAAUUUAGCAGUGUUGGAAGAUUGAAUUGGAAAAUAAAAGACUAUUCUGUAAAUGGCAAUGGGAAUUACCCAUGUUAUUAUCCAUAGUUUUACAACAACCUGAUGCAAAAUCGGUCCAUAUUGAGUUUAAUUUGUGUAUACUUGAGAUGAAUGUAAUCACACCUGUAUUGAUUGACUGUUAAUGUCUAGCUUGUGAGCACAAGGAUUGCUUUUCCUGUGGAAAAUGUCUUGGGGUUUUUGAAAUCAAAUCAAUAUCUAUGCAGUAUGCACCUAAAGACAAAAACUACAGACAACAGUCAGUUUUCAAUGAUAGUGAUUAUAUUUAUACUGCACAAUAAGUAUAAAAACCAUACUGUAAAAAUAGGCACAUUUUAGUAGAUACAUAUUGCACUUUACAAAUCAAACCAGCAGUUGGUAUGAAAACAUUACUAAAAUAAUAACAGCCUGCUGUAAAUCUAACAUAAGAUGGCUACCUUUCGAUAAAUAAGGUCUAGUGUUUUCGGAAGAAAAUCCCAUCACAAAAUCCUUUUUUUAAAAUUAUGAGCUAUGUUCGAAAUGGCAUUCUUCCAUACUCUUCCUGUAUAGCAUACUGUACACAGUGGGCAAAGAUUCAGAAUACCUAACCAUCUACCACGUUUCACAAGCAAUGCAAAGGCCAUGUAGUAAACUUUCAUUUCCAGUAUAAUGAAUAAACAGAAAUUACUGUUAAAACACUGUCAUUUGAUCAGACUGCCAAAGCUUAAGGCUUUUUUUCACAAGCUAUGAGGUCAUGUGAUGUUUAAUUGGAUUCAGAAUAAAAUCUACUGUUUUAUGUACAGUACAGGUGAAACUCAAAAAAUUAGAAUAUCGUGCAAAAGUUACGAAUUUGAUGAUUGUUGUACAGCUUGAAAACCUCAAAAUUCAGAAAAUUUUAAUAUGACAAGAAAUCAAUUAAAAAACGGAUUUUAAAUACAGAAAUGUCAGCCCUUUGAAAAGUAUAAUCAUGCAUAUGUAUAUAGUUAUAUAUACCAAAUAUAUUAGUUUCACCUUUUAAUUUGAAUUACUGAAAUACAUUAACUUUUGCAUAAUAUUCUAAUUUUUUGAGGUUAACAGCUUAAUAUAUAGUAAGUUUGGAUUCCAUUCCGAACACAGACA